AUGCCGGCAGGGAAGGGCGAGGGGGCGUGGAGUGCCUUUGAGAAUGGUCUGCAGGAGUACAAGGAGGGCCAGCUCAAGCAGGAGUGGUGGUACAAUGUCACGGGCAAAAGCAGCAGAAGCAGCAGCAGGAGGGCGGCGCCCCCAAGCCCGCCCCCCGCCCCGAAGCCCGAGGGAGAGGCGCCCAAGCCCAAGAAGCCCCGCCACAGGAGGAGGAAGCCCAAGCACCCCACGGAGGCGCCUGACGCCCCCAAGCCUGACGCCCCCAAGCCUGAGGCCAAGCCUGAGGCCAAGCCUGAGGCCAAGCCUGAGGCCAAGCCUGACGACGCCAAGCCUGACGCCAAGCCUGACGCCCCCAAGCCUGAGGCGAAGAAGAAGGGCGGGAAGAAGGAAGCUCCCGCCCCUGCCAAGCCUGACGCUAAGCCUGAUGCCAAGCCUGAAGCCAAGAAGGGCAAGCCUGAGGCCCCUAAGGCCGAGGGUGCCAAGCCUGAAGCCCCCAAGAAGCCUGAGGCGGCCAAGGCUGAAGCCAAGAAGCCUGAGCCUGCCAAGCCCGAGGAGAAGAAGCCUGAGGCAACCAAGCCGCCAGCCAAGAAGGGCAAGGCUGAAGCCGCCAAGGGCGAGGACAAGAAGCCUGAGGCUGCCAAGAAGGCUGACGCUAAGAAGCCUGAGGCGAAGAAGCCUGAAGCCCCCAAGGCCGAGGCCCCCAAGGCUGACGUGAAGCCCGAGUCUGCCAAGCCUGCAGAGAAGAAGCCUGAGCCUGCCAAGCCUGAAGCUCCCAAGGCCGAGGCUCCCAAGGCCGAGGCUCCCAAGGCCGAGGCCGCCAAGCCUGCUGAAGUAAAGCCUGAGGCUGCCAAGGCUGAGGACAAGAAGCCUGAACCAGCGAAGCCUGAAGCCACCAAGGCUGAAGAGAAGAAGCCUGAGGAGAAGCAGCCUGAAGCCCCCAAAGCCGAGGCUCCCAAGGCUGAAGUGAAGCCCGAGGCUGCCAAGGCUGAGGCUGGCAAGGCCGCGGCGCCCAAGGGUGACGUGAAGGCUGACGCCAAGACUGAGGCCGCGGCGCCAGGCUCCCCGCAGACUGAAGCCAAGAAGGGCAAGGCCAAGAAGGGCAAGGCGGAGGCGCCCAAGACCCCCGAGGCAGCACCACCAGCCCCCAAGACCCCCGAGGCGGCACUAACACCACCAGCAUCAGCCCCCAAGACCCCCGAGGCGGCACCAGCACCACCAGCACCAGCACAAAAGACCCCGGAGGCAGCAGCAGCAGCAGCACCAGCACUAGCACCAGCCCCUAAGACCCCAGAGGCACCAGCACCAGCACCAGCACCAGCCCCUAAGACUCCAGAGGCAGCAGCACCAGCAGCACCAGCACCACCAGCAACAGCCCCUAAGACCCCAGAGGCACCAGCACCAACACCAGCACCCAAGACCCCGGAGGCAGCAGCACCACCAGCACCAGCACCAGCACCAGCACCAACACCAGCUCCUAAGACCCCAGAGGCAGCAGCACCAGCACCAGCACCAGCACCAGCCCCAACACCAGCUCCUAAGACCCCAGAGGCAGCAGCACCGGCACCAGUACCAGCACCAGCACCAGCAGCAGUACCAGCACCAGCACCAGCAGCAGCAGCAGCAAAGACUCCUGAGGCCCCCAAGACCCCAGAGGCAGCACCAGCACCAUCAGCACCAGCCCCUAAGACGCCAGAGGCCCCCAAAACUGCCACCCCAGCCCCCGCCCCCGCAACGUCCCAGGCAGUGGUGGUGGCGCCGUCCCAGGCAGUGCUCCCCGUCACCACAAAGGCCCCAGCAGGCCCCGCCCCCGCUCCAGCCCCUGCACAAGCCCCCAUCCCAGCUCCAGCCCCUGUAAAAGCCCCCAUUCCCGCCCCCGCCCCUGUACCAGCCCCUGCACAAGCCCCCAUCCCCGCCCCAGCCCCUGCACCAGUCCCAGUGAAAGACCCCAUCCCCGCCCCGGCGCCAGCCCCAGCCCCUGCACAAGCCCCUGUACCAGCCCCUGCACAAGCCCCCAUCACAGCUCCUGGUCCCGCCCCAGCAGCACCAGUCAAAGCCCCAGCCCCUGCCCCGGCCCCAGCGCCGACACAAGCUGCCCCGCCCCCUGCUCCAGCGCCAGCACAAGCUGCCCCGGCCCCAGCAGCCCCCAUGCCAGCAGCUCCCGCCCCCACUGCUCCAGCGCCGGCACCUGCUGCCCCAGCCCCAGCCCCCCACGCAGCGGCUCCAGCACCAGUCCCCGCGCCCGCGUCAGCCCCACCACCACAGGCCCCUGCAACGGUGACACCAGCUGCCCCCGCCCCGACGCAAGCCCCGUUAGCGCCAGCCCCGGCAGUCCCCGCCCCAGCACAGGCACCAGCCCCAGCCCCCGUGCCGACCCCAGCAGCUGCCCCAGCACAGCCAGCACCAGCUGUCCCCGCGGCGGUGACGCCAGCCGCCCCCGCCCCAGCACAGGCCCCGGCAGCCCCAGCCCCGGCAGCCCCGCGCACCCCACUCACGCCCCCCACCAGCCCCAAGGCGGCGGGCGUGCCCCCCGCACCCCAACCCCAGGCCGCCCACCAGGCGCCCACCAACUUCCCCCAGCCCAGCGCCAUGCCUGCGGGGGGCAUGGCAAGCACGCCGCCACUCUUCCCCGCCUCCUUCAUGUCCCCCUUGGGCCCCUCCUUCACCCCCAUGACGCCCCAGGCUCCCGCCACGGCCCCCGUCCCUGAGGUGCCCCCCUUCAUAGGCAUGCAGGCCCCAGCAGCCCCCCAGGUGCCCCAGGGCCUGCCGGGCGGCCCCGCCCCAGGCCUCUUCUCCUCCCCAGGCCAGGCCCCUGCCGCUGCCCCGGCCCCUGGCCUAGGCUCGCCCCUGGGCUCCAUCUUCGGCCAGGCAGGGGGCCAGGCGCCCCAGCAGUUGGCCCCCUCCCCACAGGCUCCCAAGUUCACCACGCCGCCGCCCCUGGGGCCCAUGCCCGCCUUCAUGAAGCAGGCUAACGGCGCCCCCGCCAGCCAGCAGCAGGCCCCGCCCCAGCCCCCAAAGGCGCCCUGAGCCCGCCUCACCCCCGUUCCCCACGCAGCCUUGCCGCGCACUCUAGCACACCUGUACAACUCUCAAUAAAGGCGUGACGCGGCA